AGGCAGGGAGAUGCUGCACCUGUUAACGAUCACCUGAAGAGGAAGAAGACUGACGGGACGGAGAGCAGAAGAGACUGAGGAAGAGUUUCCAAGCAUGGUGGAGAAGUUUCCCCUGUGAGAGCGUCUCCUUCAGAAAACCCCACGUCCACCAGGUCCUCCCGCCCUCCCGCUCUCUGCCGGCGCCGUCAUGGCCGACUCCAGCUGGUGGAAGCUGAGCUUCUCCCGCAAGAAGAAGUCGGAAGCCAAGGUCCUGUACGAGAUCCCGCCCGAGUACGGCAGCAACAUGGGGAACAAGGAGCACCCGGGCGGCAACGCCGCCACCGAGCAAACGGAGAGCCAGCUCAACGCCAGGCUGGAGAAAAUCGUGGACAAGUCCGCCACCAAGGGCCGCCACGUCAAGGUGUCCCACUCCGGCCGCUUCAAGGAGAAGAAGAGGGUCCGCAGCACGCUGGCCGAGAACCCCAACCUGUACGGCGAGCACAAGCCCAGCAACGAGAACCUCAGAAAGAACUGAGGCCCCGCCCACCAAGCGCCCGGCACCUAGCACAUACUUGAUCAUACAUGUGUCAUACAUCAGUGAGAGGCGUGAGGACGGCGUGAGGACGGCGUGAGGACGGCGUGAGCGCCAUGUUGCACUGCAGAGAGAUACUCCACACAUCUGGCAGCCGGUGGACUCACAGCUCAACAAACAGCAAACGACAUUCACGCCUUUAAAGAUAGCAGACAAGAUUCAAAAAGCACUGCAGAAGUUUUCUUUUUUAGACUGAGCUCACAUGACCUUUUUUGUGCUGCACUGUUGUUUUAUAAAUCAGAAAAAAAGUUCAUUGAGGUAAAACACAAAAUGACACUCAACUCAAAAUUACUGUAAUGAAGGUUUUUAUUUCUAUUGACAGACAUACAGAUGUUUUUGUUCACUGUUUA